AUGGCCGACAACAGCUUUGCCUGGGCAGCCAGCAAAGGCAGGCUGAGAACGAACGAAGUGCAUAAAACCGAAGAGGCCAAAUUGGUCAUCGAAGAGAAGUUUGUGAACCGCACCGAACGAGGAACCAAGAAGUCUCUGUCGGCCGAAGCCGAAGAUGAAGACGGCUACAUCUUGGACGAUGAUGUUCCCGGUGCCGAAGCCGAGGAAACCGAGCACAAGCCUUCGGAUGGCCUCCCCGCAUCCAAGAGCAGGCAUGUGUUCCCGACGCUCCGAAAGAACGACAACCCUCUCACGACCCUCCCAAGCUUUCUGGGGAUCUUGGCAAAGAAGAUCGAGAAUGGAUGUCUCGAGCAGGAGAAGCUGAAGAAGAUGAACUACCCACGGGCAACGGAGCAGCUGGUCUCGAUUGCUACCCAUAUGCAGACCCUCUUGGAUCAGAUGAAUGGUCUUUACAAAACCUUGACAGAGAAGGAGGCUGAGCUUCCGACCGAGCAGCAGCCAUCUUGGGGGAUCGACGACACCGUCGAGCCGAAGGGGUCUGCUGGCGACGAUCGCAAGCCGAGCAAGAAGAAGCGAUCUGAUUCGGAAUCCAGUGAUGACCUUGCCGAUGCUUUGAUGAUUAACAUGGAGCGAGGAGCAGACGCCAGAUCUGUGGUCCGGAUGGCUGCUAUCGCUGCCAAACGAAUGAAGAAGCUAGGUGUCAUCGACCCUGAAAUCGACCGGAUCGGCCGCUUGGGGGCUGGCAACUACCACAAUGCUGCUCGGAAUUUACAUAAGUUCGUUCAUCGAGAAGGUCAAACUUUGCCGAUUCCCAUCUCCACUACACCAUUGAAAAUUCGAAAGAAAGGGGGUGGGUGUGUGGAUGUGAACUAUCCCAUUCUUCGCCUCACUGACUGGCUGGAGUUCAUUUUGGGCACAGCUGGUGGUCAAUUCUGCUUAGCUGGGUAUCAUACUUGGGAAACUGGCUUUGAAGAUGUCUUCAGCAGGUUCUGGGAGAGGCUUCGUCCGAGCAAUGAAUCGCACGACAUUUAUGUAAAGAAGACAGCAGAGGAGCGAGCCCGAACGAUACCCAUGUGCAUACACGGUGAUGAGGGGAGGGGCUUGGCCAAAGUACCGGUGCUCAUCACCAAUUUUCAGUGUGUGGUGCCCUGGCUGGGCGAGGAUCACCUGAAUACGCAUGGGCACUCCUACUGUACGAGGCUUCUGCAUUCCAUCAUGCCGGGGUCCUGUUAUGCCCCGGGCGACAAAACGAUCGAUGGACUGCACCAGGCAAUCGCAGCUGAGUUCAUUCAGCUCUUCGAACGAGGAGUAACCGUAGAGGUAUCUAAGCUGAUCACACAGAAAUCAUUUUGA